UUGACAUUGAUCCAUGUUUGACUCCUAAGUUUGUAAUUUAUCCAGGUUUAUUGUCCGUUUGUCGGUUGGGAUUGAGAACGUUAAUUACAGUGGAUCUUUAAAAAAAUUCCGGCUGUGUUUUUUUAGUUAAAGGAAAACCAUGGCUCCAAAGGGGAAUAAUAAAGCCAUAACCAAAAAUUGCCCAUCUUGUUCCAAACAUGUGGCAGUUGCUUGCAAAAAUUGCCUUUGUGGCCAUAUUUUUUUUGUUGCAAGAAGAUCCUCUGCAUUAGUGUCCAGAAUGAAAGAGGAAAAUGACAAAAAAACUAGUGUCAGUCCUCCUCCUCCUCCAGAACCAACAUCGUCAAGAUCUCAAUCUGGAAUUAGGCGCACAGAAAGGGUUAAAAGAGAUAAACCAGAUUUUUACAAUGCUUCAGAAUAUGACAAGCAGCGGAAGCCUAAAUCUUCCAGACAGAGACUAGCAGCAAGUGUUAGUGAAGACAGAGAUGAUCUGUUGGGUGACGAAUUUGACCAGACAAUUGGAAAUAAAGGAGGCAGGGGAAGGCGUAGGAGAAAGAGGACUCGUGCUGGAGAUAAUGAUGAAAAGAAGAUUGAAGAUGAUGAAGCUGGUCCCGUUCUCCCUCUCCACAAACAAUUAUGCUUGGGAAUUAAUCUAUGUGAAAUUAAUCGUAAACUUGUUGCAGUCAACCCCAUCUUUUGAUUUCAUUCUCAUGCAAAAUGAUGAUUUAUGUCUGGACCAUUUUAAUACAUAUAACAAUUUGGCUAUUUUCUAAAA